AUGCCUGGCGUGCCGUCCGGACGCGCAUGUGAAAACUGCCGUCGCCGACGUCAAAAGUGCGACUACGUCAAGCCCACAUGCUCACGAUGCGCCCGCCUUGGAGUAGACUGCGUCGGCUCCGGCGAGCGACGCUUCCUCUUCAAAGACCAAAAAUAUGAUAAAGCCGUCUACAGACCGCUAGGAUCAAAUAAGGCACUUGACGUAGCUGCCAAGGCCCUCGUGGCAUCCCAUAGGGACUUUUCCCUCCGCCGCCCCGUUACGCCCGACAAUCUGGCAAAGUACUCGGACGCCAUAAAAGCCCUGACACGGUGCAUCAAUGACCCUAUAGCAUCUCAGUCUCUUGAGACUAUAUGUGCUGUGAUAUUAUUGACAAUGUGUCAAAAUCUUAGUGGGCUCGGGCUUGAGCAUCUGAACAGCCACUGCCAAGGCGCAGUUCAAAUGUUACGUGCAAGACAAACAUAUCCUAGUACCGACGAGUUUGAAAUCGACCUGCAUACAUAUAUGCAUGGGCCUAUUCUGGUUCAAUCGCUUUUCAAUAGAACGAUGCGACUUUCACCAUCCAAAUUCAACGCAUUAUCACGGGUUCUUGUGAUAGACCAAAAGUCGCCUGGGUCUAGCAUCUUGGCGCUCCUCUUUCAAAUACCUGCACUCUUACAACGCGGCAGAACCGUACUGCAGGGUUUCGCAGAUCGCGAAGUAUUCUUGACCGAGCUUUCUUCGAUAUACAAUACCCUACAAACGGCGAAGUCGUUUUUAUAUUCCAAAUAUAUGAUGGUUCCAAGCACAGAGAGUAAGCGCACGAGCCCAUUUGGCUUUUGUUUGGCGUUCAGCUGCAUAUUCAACUGCAUGUUGCGAGGCGUCGACCCCAGCAACGGCCAAUUGCUCAUGGAAGCCGAAGACCUGGUCAAAGACACACUCAACCUCGUUCCCGAAGCCCAGUUAAACCGACCUUUGGGGGCUGCCCACAUGAUGCUAAAUCUCAGCACUGCUUGGGUGUGCGCAAAGGACGAGCAUGAACGGCAGUCGCUGCACGCUUUGCUGGGAGACUUUGGCUGGGAUUUUGGCAGAGAUUCCGAUGCCAUGUGGCCAAUGGAGGAUCAUGAAGCACUACUCUGCGACCUUCAGUUUCGGACAGAUCCGGAAGUGGUUUUGGCCCAUGGUGUGUGA